AUGUCAAACUCAAAUCUACUACCUGUACCUCCUCCACAGCAGUCGCAACCUCCCGAAACACCUCCAUGGGAUACGCCGUCUUCUAUGUGGUAUACUCCAAGAACCACGCCAUGGAGAACACCACAGAGUACACAAUCCACACCACCUAACCAGAUGGUUUUAGCAAAACCACCGGCGGUUAAAUUCAACGGUCUUGAUGCAGAGCCGAGGAAAGAUACGGUGAUGCUCCGACAGCCACGGAGCAGCAGGACCAAUCCGUUGAUAUGGUGUGUUGCCGGUUUAUGUUUUGUGUUCAGCCUUUUGCUUAUCUUCUUCGGCAUCGCCACUCUGAUUGUGUAUCUUGCGGUUAAACCAAGAACCCCUGUUCUUGACAUCCCAAACGCGAGCCUACACACAAUCUACUUUGACUCGCCGAUAUCUUUUAACGGCGAUCUAUCGAUGCUGGUGAAUCUCACAAACCCUAAUAAGAAGAUAGAAGUGAGGAUUGAGCAGCUUGAGGUAGAGCUCUUCUUCUUCAAUAAAUUGAUUGCGAGGCAAUGGGUCCAGCCAUUUUCGCAGCGAAAACGCGAGACUAGUUUGAAACCAGUCCGUUUGAUCUCGAGCUUAGUCUACUUGCCUGUAAACUACGCAAUGGAGCUCAGGAGACAGAUGCAGGACAACAAGAUAGAAUAUGAGAUUAGAUGUACCUUCAAAGUCAGAGCUCAUUUUGGGAUGAUUCAUUACUCUUAUCGGCUGCACGGGAGGUGCCAACUUCAGAUCACCGGUCCGCCAGCCGGGGUCUUAAUUUCUCGUUACUGCACGACAAAGAGACGAUAA